AUGGCCAGAGGCAUAUUUGCACUGGGUCGACUGUUCAAGAGGAGCAACUCUGCGAAUACGACCACGACCUUUACGACCACCACCACCACCACCUCGACGUCGACGUCGAGUACUGGCACGACCACUCCGCCAUCUGAACAACAACCAACGCGGAAUCUUCCACAGAUCGAGGCUGUCGUGUCUCCGCAACAAGCUGGGGCAAGGACGAGGCGCAGCGCGUCUCUCACCAAGCUCAGGGAAAAGGGCAGAGGGACGGAGUUAGCGGAAUCCGUGGCAGAGGUGAGGGAGAGUGUGUUGCUGGUUGGAGAGCUGCCGUCGCCUGCUGCGACCGACUUGUCGCCGGCACGGAGCGGGAGUGAAACUUUGGGCGGUGGUGAGGGAGAGGUGCCGACGCGAGACGUGAGCGCGAGUCCACCACCUGUGCAGAGAGAGGAUAAGGUGGUGCUGGACCCGCCGGUGGUACAGAUCCAAGCACCCACACCGGACGUGGAAGCGAAAGAGCUGCUGGGACGACACUGGCUUGAGCGGAACGACACGGCGGUCGACACACCUCUACCUGCACCCUCCUACCAGCCAAGACUAGACGACGAAGUCAGCUCGCUGCGUUCCGUCUCGCCCAACACCGUCCCAGCUGAUGGCCCACAACGACAUCAGCUCAGCAUCAGCACUGCCCAUCCCGCCGAUGAGAAGGUAGUGGAAACGGUCAUUGACGCUCCUGCUUCCCCCCACCCCAACAACAUCAGCUCUGCUCUCAACACAAGUACACUAGCUGCCUACUUCACUCCCGCUCUACCCGACAUGUCACAAUUACUGCACCGCAAGAUCUGGGUGCGGCGGCCCGGUGCCUCGGCUACCAUGGUGCAGCUUAAAGCGGAUGAUUUAGUGGAUGAUGUUCGGGAUAUGAUCUUGAAAAAGUACGCCAAUUCACUGGGGAGGACGUUUGAUGCACCGGAUAUGACGUUAAGAAUACUGCUUCGGGCGGAGGCUGGACAACCUAGGGUGGAGAGGGUGCUCGGGCCAGAGGAGGAGAUGUGUAGGACCAUUGACGAGGAGUUCACGGGUGGGCAGAAGGUGGAGGAUGCAUUGAUUAUCGAUGUACCUGUCCAGGAACGAAGGACACCGCGACCAUCACCCCGAGCGUAUCACCAUCCGAGCUAUCACAUGCUGGAGGACUACCGGCCGGUGGAGAGUGGAACGGACUACUUCCCUCCCAUGCCUGCUGUGAUACCACCCAGCAUGCCGCAAACCACGAGCUCGCAUGACGGCAGCAUGAACAGUAGCAGAGGCCACCACCCUUCCAUUGCCGGCCUCCACCCUGGACAAGAACCACGCUCAAUAGCCGUCCUCAGCACCGGCCAGAUCCCUCCUCUACCCUCCCCAGGCAGUGUGAUGCGGAACCGCGGCCAUCCACAUCGUCCAAAGGUAAUACGUCAGCACACCGCCUCGCCCACCAUCCUCUCCCACCCAUCCCAAAUCAACAACUCAAGCGGCGUGCCACUGAGUGCCGCCGCUCAAUCCAGUCUUAAUGUAAACCCACAACUACCGCUGGUCCACCGAGGCAGCACAAGACCACGGAACGACUCGAUGGCUUCGGAGACACUCCUGCACCACAGCAACACCAACGGCAUGUCCGUCCCAUCGAGCGCUAUCCCACAACCACCCACCCCCCCAGCGCCGGAGACUCUGACCGGGCACCAAGCAGGCAGUACCCCGCCCACCCCAUCCCAACUCGUGGCCCCCGGCCGCCGAAUCAAGAAAGCCGGCGGGCGCAAGAUCCACCCCGACAAAAGCGGCGGGAGGAGUAGCCACCAACGCUCCGACAGCCAAACGGCCAAACCCAGCACCCCCAACAGCAUCCCAGGCCUCACCAGCGUCCUCGACAGCAGCGUGCCCCCCAUCUCCGUCCUGAUCGUCGAGGACAACAUCAUCAACCUCCGCAUCCUGGAAGGGCUGAUGAAGCGUCUCAAGGUGCGGUGGCAAACGGCGAUGAACGGGGCAAUCGCACUGGAUAAGUGGCGGCAGGGGGGUUAUCAUUUAGUGCUGAUGGAUAUCCAGAUGCCGGUGAUGAAUGGUCUGCAGGCUACCAAGGAGAUCAGGCGAUUGGAGCGGGUGAAUGGGAUCGGGGUGUUUAGUGCGGACCCCGGGAGUGUGGAGGGGAGUCCGGCGGAGAAGGAGAAGGAGAAGGAGAAGAAAGAAAGGCAGACGCCGAAUGGCGCCGAAGUCCCAUCAUCAGCCGUGGAGGACGGCGACGACAAAUCCAAACCCUCCGACCUCCUCCCCAUGCAAAAACAAAAAGAAGGCACAGCCCAGCUCUUCAAAUCCCCCGUCAUCAUCGUCGCCCUGACCGCCUCCUCUUUGCAAUCCGAUCGCCACGAGGCCCUCGCAGCGGGGUGUAAUGAUUUUUUGACCAAACCGGUUUCGUUUGUCUGGCUGGAGCGGAAGGUGAAAGAGUGGGGGUGUAUGCAGGCGUUGAUUGAUUUUGAUGGGUGGAGGCGGUGGAAGGAGUUUGCGGCGCGGGAGGAUGAGGGGAAGACGGAGGUGCAGCGGGAGGUGGAGCGGGGGAGGGAGGAGAAGGAGAGGGGGCGGGUGGCUAAGAUGGCUAAGCUGCAGGAGAUUGCUGCGAAGAGGAAGGAGAAGGAGGAGGAGGAGAAGAGGAGGAAGAGGGUGAGUUUGUUGGCUCAGCAGCAGUUGCUGCAGCAACAGGCGGGUGAGGUGGGGACGAGUGUUACUACUACGAAUGGUGAGGGCUCUGGCGCGACGGCGGAGGGGUCGACGAACGGGGUGGCGCAGAGUGAGGGAUGA